GUCUCAUUGGAUGGUUGUGUGAAAAUGAAUUUCCUAAUUAAUGGAGGUAAAUAUGGAGAAAAAGGACAAAUUGAGAAGCAUGAAUUUUAUCCAAGCUACUUAACUGUAUGUGAAAUGAGAAGAUGUUUCAACGAAUAUGAAAAAGAUUAUACACCAAAACUGAAUAUAGUACUCAACGAUGAUUAUUCAACAAGCACUGAAAAAGCGGUAACUUUAAUUCAAUCAGAAAAUACUGAAGUUCCGUUUUCUGUAACAGACAUGAAUGUAAUACUGAAACUAGACGAUUUCGCCAAUGUAACUGAUGAACCACUGGGAAAUGAAACAUCUUCAGAAAUGGCAGUUAAAGAACAACAUGAAUUGUCAUUUGUGAAUAUGCAUAAACAUGUUAUAGGAUGUCCCUUAGAACAUCAGGAUUUUUCUAUUUGCAAAAAUUACUUUAAUGAGUAUUUGGCAUCAGUCUCUCAAUGGGGAAAAAAGUAUAACCGUCCUGUAAAGCAUAUAAUGAUUAUGUUAUUUCAGGCAUGUGCAUUACUUUCUGAAGUACCAUACUUAUCAACUGCAUGUUGCACAAUUUUCAAUGAAACUUGUACAGUGCAUAUGAAAAUAAUAAAAAACAAUAAUGAAAUAUAUAUUUAA